AGGAGUUGCCGUCGGAUGGCUUGGAAAUGUGAUGUUUUCAAGACAAUCCACUUUUCAUCUCUCCUUAGCCCCGUAAUUGACUGAAAGGUGCCAUACAUUCUCGGACAGGCCAAGAAUCCGUUCAAUCUCGCUUCUGCCGUUUGGGUGCACUAUGAAACUUGGAGGCCUGCUUAGGUUAGCCUAGCCUAGCCUAGUAAGCUGUUAGCAAAGAGAACAAACUCCGCGCAUGGGAUCAACACGUCGCCGAGCAAACAAACAUCAAGUCCCAAAAUGUCUGAUCAAUAUGUCAGCCAAGCCCAUCAUCCUGAGCACCAGGUGUCUGAAUGCAUCAAAGAAGAGGAAGAGUCACCAUACAUUAAGCAAGAGGAGGACUACGUACCCAUUCAAGGUCAUCCCAAGUGGUGCUUUUUUCCCCUCUUCAAAUGAGGCAAAGAUCAAAUAUGGUUUCAGCAAAUAUGUUUGUCCUGACGCUCAACAGCUAAAGAGAAAAGUACAACUUUCAAUCAAAAAGGAGGAGGAGGUAGAGCUGCCAUACUUUAAAGAGGAGAACAAUAUUACCAUGUUGAUUUGUGAGCCCUUGAACAGCGAUGGUCCGAGUGAGGCCAGCAGAGGGACGGCGCCUCCAAGCAGCACCUCAACAGAAGGAUCGCAAGCACUCGUUUUCAUCGCACCAUCAGAUAGAAAUGGAGCCACAUCACACUCACCUUACAAAGAUGAUGGUCAGAAGAAAUCUCACUGUGAUGACGAGCUCUGCAAAUGCUCUCAGUGUGGGAAAACCUUUGCUAAUAACUAUACUUGUCAUAUGAAUAUGAGGAGCCACACUGGUGAAAAUCCUCUUGUCUGCUCAGUUUGUAGUCAAAAAAUCACACAGAAGAGCAACUUAGACGGACACCCAAGAACCCACACUGGUGAAAAACCUUUUUCCUGCUCAGUUUGUGGAAAAAGAUUUACUCAGAAGAGCGCCUUAAACACACACACAACAACCCACACUGGUGAAAAACCGUUUUCAUGCUCAGUUUGUGGUAAAAGAUUUGCUCAGAACCAAGACUUGAAAGUACACAUAAGAACCCACACUUGUGAAAAACCUUUUUGCUGCUCAGUUUGUGGCCAACGAUUCAGUCAAAAGAGCAGCUUCAACAGACACGCAAGAACCCACACUGGUGAAAGACCUUUUUCCUGCUCAGUUUGUGGUCAAAGAUUCAUUUGCAAGAGCAACCUAAACACACACACAAGAACACACACUGGUGAAAAACCUUUUUCCUGCUCAGCUUGUGGCCGAGGAUUCACUCAAAUUCAACACUUAAACAGACACAGAAGAACCCACACUGGCGAAAAACCUUUUUCCUGCUUAGUUUGUGGUCAAGGAUUCACUCAAAUUCAACACUUAAACAGCCACACAAGAACCCACACUGGUGAAAAACCCUUUUCUUGCUCAGUUUGUGGUCAAGGAUUCAGUCAUAAGAGUAACUUAAAAGUUCACACAAGAACCCACACUGGCGAAAAACCUUUUUCCUGCUCAGUUUGUAGUCAAGGAUUCACUCAAAUUCAACACUUAAACACACACAUAAGAACCCACACUGACGAAAAACCUUUUUCCUGCUCAGUUUGUGGUCGAGGAUUCACUCAAAUUCAACACUUAAACAGACACACAAGAACCCACACUGGCGAAAAACCUUUUUCCUGCUCAGUUUGUGGUCACGGAUUCAGUCAUAAGAGUGCCUUAAAAGUACACACAAGAACCCACACUGGCGAAAAACCUUUUUCCUGCUCAGUUUGUGGCCAAAGAUUCACUCAAAUUCACAACUUAAAAUUACACACAAGAACCCACACUGGUGAAAAACCUUUUUCCUGCUCAGUUUGUGGUAAAAAAUUCGCUCACAAGGAUCGGAUUAAGAGACACGUGUGUAUUGGUGUAAAAAGCAGUGGCUAAUGACUGUUUUGCCUGUCAUCCAUGCUGCCUUCAUCAGAUUGUGCACGUAGGUCAAUUGUAGUCUGUAAAGUUUCCUCAAAUCCUGUUGAGGAUUGGCAGUAUUGGUGCAUUACAUGUGAUUUGUCCAAUCCUUGUAUGAUGUGGAUCCACACUAUUGCCAAAAGUAUUUGCUCACCUGAUAUAACUCAAGGUAAGUGGCAUUAUUUAUAAAAUACUCUCCCUCUUUCAAACUACACUUUUCACAGUCAAUAUUUGAAACAGUAGACCCCAAAUUACAAAAAUUCUAAAUCAUUCAGAUAUGACGGUAUUAAAAACAUUUGUGAGAUAGACAAUUUAUCUCCAUAUAUUAUCUGCAAUUGUGAGUAUUGGCAAGUGACCGGUGUUUUGACUUGUGAGCUCGACUUUGCAUGCUGUGACGGUAUCACCCUCCUCAAGGAGUAAGUAGAGUCAGUGUAUUGAAACCUGUAUACUUUACAUUAAAAUGUUUGAUGUAUUUGCAUUGUUUUUUUUGUCACAUAUUUUUCAUAAUCUGUAUUUAGUGUGCACUGAAGAGAUAAACCUAUGAAGCCCUUAGUUUGGAGCAUGAUGAAAGUUCAAAGCGAAAUGAGAAACUUGCCUACUGUAAUGACUAGAGGUGUGCAAAAUUUCCGAUUCUUAGAUUAUUCGCGAUUCGGCCGUGGAAGAUUCGAGAACGUUUCACAAACAUCCAAAUUCCGAUUAUUGAAAUAUGCCAAGUAAAGCGGAAGUACAACACACUCAGCGCGCCGCGCGGUCUUUGGGACGGAACGGAGCGGGAGUAGCUAAACAUUAUGCUUCUCAUUAACCGGCCCCUCGGGUAAUGCCAACGCACAACUCACGGCUCUAGCUCAACUCAUGCCACGAGAUAAAAAAACACAACAACAUACCUGACUGCUGCCGAAAAGCUGCUACAAGUACAGCUAAGCUACAUAAUGUUACGGUAGAUAUCAUUUAUAUAGGACUAGAUGGAUUAAUAACUCGGUAGCGGUAGCAGGACAUCUGCAAAAAGCUAGAUGCGGGCGUUAGUAAACGGCCGCCAUCUUAAAGCAGUAAACUUCCCUGCAAUGCUGUUGUAGCGAACCUUCCAAGCAAACCUAAUUAACUUUUUAUCUAAAAUACUCCUAAAUCGGUAAAAUAUUGACUUGAAUCUAUCUUUAAAAUAGUUUUAAAACUUUCACAUGUCAAAAGUAGACAAAAGGGAAAUUAUGGAAUAACGGGAGCAAUUUUAACAACUUUAACGGUUGAUUCAUAACAUUAAAUUAAUUGAAUGUAGUUUAAAGCUGCUGAUACAGAAUGGGGACUGGAGUUUUUUUAUUUAAUGUUAUUUUUGUAUAUUUGUUUACUGCUAUAUGUUAACUUGAUACUGAAAUUGUAGUUUGGUUUAGCCUGAGAGUAUUUUUGAACAAUUUUGGAACUAAUGUACAAAACUUUAUUUAAAAAAAAAAAAAAAAAGGAGGGGGGUGCAUCAAUAAUCGUUUUAUAAUCGAAUCGGAGCCUCUGAAUCGUAAUCGUAAUCGAAUCGUUAGGUGCCCAAAGAUUCCCAGCUCUAGUAAUGACCCUAGUAAAGAAUAAAACAGCUGAUGGUGCAAAGUAGCAUGAGCAUACCGUAAAUUCCGGACCAUUGAGCGCCCCGGAUUACAAGCCUCACCCAGUACAUUUUUAAAGGAAAAAGCAUUUUGUACAUACAUAAGCCUCUCCUGCCUAUAAGCCGCGUGUUCCCACAUAUUAAACUGAAAUAUUUAUAAAGAAAUACACAGUUUUCCAAGUUUAAAUACCAUAUUUUAACAAAUCGGGUUAUGAUACAGCGCGUGAUUUACAGGUAAGGGAGGUGCGGAAGAGCAAGAGACGUGCUGUCGUUGUUGUUGCGGGUGUGUCUGUGCGUGUGCGUCGGCUGCUAGAGGCAGCAGUCGUGUGUUGUUCGACGAGUUUCCAAAAUAAAGAAUUGCAACCUAACUUAACGGGUUACGAUUUGUCAUCGUUACAAUACCUUAACUUUUCUUUCUAAACAGCGCCAGCAACACGGCACUUAGCUGACUCCUCAAGCUCACUCCUUAGCGUGUCGUCCUCUUCAUCACGCAGCAGACCGGCUUUUCGAAACCCGUUGGUGAUGGUGGAUUUUUUUCACGCUGCUCCACACUGUCAGACUUUUUCAAAAGUUGCUCUUCGCAUACGACCACUUUUGUAAACGAUCUGAUGCCGCUGGCCAUCCAAGCCUUCAAUUCAACUCGGCACAUCAUAUCCAUUUCUUCUAGCAUGAUGCGGAUAUGCUUAUUCUUGCCUGGCACGGCCAGACUGUUCUCCGUGUGUUUUUCAAACACUGAGAGAAGUCUGAGACCCAGCCCAUUAACGCCCUCUCGGGCAAGUACAAAAUCAAUCGAUAGAUUCGUUUAUUUGCGUGACGUGCUCUUAACGAGCGGUGUCACUCUUCCGCGUAGGAAGUCGUCUCCACAACACAGAUGGCGAACAGGAGAGCCGAAAAUAUGUUCCAAUCCACGGUAAAAUCAGUUUUAAACUACCAAAAACACAUAGACACAAGUCAGUGACAACAGUCUGUCUCGCGCUAGCCAUGUUGAAUAAACUCUGCUCUCCUCGUAUGUUUACUUCCGCGCGCAAGUCCCUCGUCCCGCCCGUCGCUGAUUGGUCCACUCCGCCGUCUGUUUGCUGUGGCUUGCUCCGCUCUGAAAAUUUUAUCGCUUAAUGGUGGCCAGACUCAAUAGAUGGAACAGCGGUGAGUCUGGAGUACCAGGCUAUGCUAAUUCUACUAAUGCACAAAGAUGAGGGUCUGCUACUUUUAUUCGUGCACAAAGCACAAACUUAAAAUACGGGUAAGAGUGCCAACUAGCGUCUUCCUCGACACACAUAUUCCACGUGUCUUAUGCUUGCAUUUUAUGCUCGAGCGCUCCUGGCGGUCGUUAGAAAAAUUGAUAAAUUGGCCGCAUCAUUGCAUACGCUGCAGGAUUCAAAAUGAGGGAAAAAAGUAGCGGCUUGUAAUCCGGAAUUGACUGUAAUCAAAACAUGUCAGAUCCAGUAUGCUACAGCAAGAGUUCAUUUUACUUGUAGACAUUUUCAUGUGAAUAUUGUAACAAUGUUGGAAUUACAUUUUAAAAUGUAUUGUUAAAGCAAGUAAUUGAAGAAAUACCGUAAUUUCCCAAAUAUAACGCGCUUUUUUUCCCCCACAAAAUCAACUUGUAAAAUCAUGGUGGGCAUUAUAAACGGGUACAUUGAUGGAGACAUAUAUAUUUCAUACAUAUAUAUAUAUAUAUAUAAACCGAUUUUUUUUUUUUUUUGACACGGCCACGUUGUGUUGAAGAAACGUAUGCGGCAACCCAUUCCCGACCAUUACGGUGCGUGACGUCACCAUUUUGUUUCGGUAAUACUUCACUGUAAUCGGCUAAAUGAUUUCGUCUGUGUUAAAUUCUGCUUUUUUCACUCUUCAUAAAGCACAGAAUUUAGUUUCUUUUACUCAUUUGAGUCAAUGUUUAUUGCAGCUCCGCAACUCGGACCGUAACAAACAUAAGCACACAGACUUCCUGUGUCUAUCAACUAUAUCUGUCCCUCGGGAAACUCAAACCCAAAUACCAAUAGUUCCUAUUGUUACUGUCGUGUUGACAGCGAUGAGCUCUCACGAAUUUCCGACUUCCUUUCUCACUUUCCUUUUACCGUAUCAAUCCACGGAAGAAACAUUUAUUCAUCAUGAUGAAACAAGCAAGUUAUACAGCAGCCUUUAAAAGAAAAGUCACAUCUGUUUUGUUUUCUCCUAGAUUCUGGUAAGUUGGAGAAGUCAAAUCAUAUUUUUACCGUAAAUAUUGUCAGUUUAUGGUAAUGUUUUGAACUACCAAUGUGCUAUGCCUGUGCUGUGUUUCACCAGUCAAUAAAAUGACAUUUCUGUAUCUGUACACGAGCUCUGUUUUCUUGUAUUCUUCUAUUUAUUGGUGCUAAAAUUAGGGUGCGCGGUAUAAACGGGUACAAUA